AUGUGAUUUUCAUAUAAACAUGGCACAGGUGAUCCCUUGAUAGCAGUGUGUACUGAAGCUAAUUUUUAAUAAUAGUGAACAAAUAGCUAGUGCAAAAUGUUUAACACCAGUAUUAUUUGAAAAUUUAUAAUUUUUUGUUGAUGUCAUAUAUGGAAACAUAUUUGACUGACGCUAAACAAACGCAUAUAUAUAAAUAUAUGUAAGAUUUAACCUUAUCUUGAAGUGGUUAUUUUAAAUAUAUGAAAAGUUAGUAUAAAUAAGAAAAGAUGACGUCGCGAGAGGUAUUAACAAUUCAGCUGGGCCAUUAUUCCAAUUUUAUUGGAACCCAUUGGUGGAAUCUACAGGAAUCGAAUUUUUCCUAUGAUCCGGCUAAUCCCUCUGAAGUUAAUCAUGAUGUUUUAUACAGAGAAGGAGAAAAUUUCAAGAAAGAAGUGACUUAUACACCUAGACUGUUACUUGUGGAUUUGAAAGAAUCAUGUGGAUACCUAAAACAGGAAGGUACUUUAUAUGAUAUUCCACAGUAUCAAGGAACAGAAUGCUUGUUAUGGGACGAAGAAAAGGUAGAAGUUACUCAGGAAGAACCAGCUACUAAAACACCAUUUGUUAAAAGUUUAGAAGAGCCAUCUGAAACUUCAGAACUUACGUCUUAUGAUUUAGAAGAUCACAUUAAUUCAUGGGUGGACUAUCUAGUACCUAGAUUUCACCCUAGAACAGUGAAUAUUGUGAAACAAUAUAAGCACGAAUGUACAACACAACCAUUUGAUGUUUUUACUUAUGGAAGGAAUUUAUGGAACGCAGAGAAAUUUUCAGAAGACUUCUGUGAUAGAAUAAGAGCCUAUGUGGAAGAUUGUGAUUUAAUGCAAGGUUUUCAGAUAAUUCUAGAUUCUGUGGAUGGUUUUGCUGGACUUGGAGCGUCGUGUAUGCAGUACUUAAGAGACGAAUAUGGAAAAAGUAUAUUGUCAUUUCCCUGUAUGGACAGUAAAAAGACUGAACCUUCUAUGUCGAAUCUGGUCCAAGCACUAAAUACAGCUCUAUGUUGGCAACAUAUAGGAGAAUAUUCUUCCUUGUAUAGUCCACUUUGUUGUGGACAAACGGGUUGGCCACAGCCUGGUGAUCCAAGACCAUUUAAUCAUUUAAUAUACGAUGCCGAAUUAAACUAUCAUAGCAGUGCACUUUUAGCAACUGCUUUAGACACGUUAACGUUAAGAUAUAGACGUAAAGAGUAUCCAAACGUUGUUCUAUCCGACUUGUGCGCGGAUUUGAACAAAUUAGGUCGAAAAGCAGCCGCAACGAGUUUGAGUUUGCCAUUUCCUAUGGUCGCAAAAAUGGAUCUGAUCGAUGUGCUGGACGAGUUCGAGGGAAACAUAUGGACAAGUUUAACACCAAGUUGCGACAUACCAAUGGACAAAAAUAUGCAAAGCGUAGUUUUACGAGGAAUCCCCGAAGAUAGAUUGAAACGAUCCGGUCCCCAGGCGAUGAAACAAAUGUCAAAACCCGCAUACCGAUGUUCUACCGUACACGAGAUGAUGACGCUUUAUUUAGCGUGUACUUGUCAUGCAUCUGCUACUUAUUUAUCGACCAUUUCGUCAGCAUUGAACAUAAAGGAUCCGUUCCCAAAAAUUUUCAGUAACGACAUCACUGAAACUGGAGAUAUUGCUAAGUGGCCUGUAGGAUCAGACGUUAAAUCGGUUCCUGUUAUGGCUGGUCUACACAGUGGAAGCACCCUGGGCACGAUGUACGAAUAUUUGCACGUUCAAUUGAGCAAAAUAAGAAGCAUCAAGAAAUUUUAUGCGUUUAUGGAAUCAGGUUUAGAAGAAGACGAGUUUAAAGAGUGCCUCAAUCAUCUGCUUGAUUGCAAAGAAAAUUAUGAAGACCAUUAUGUAUAAAAAACACUAACGAAUGCAGUUAAUCUUAUUUUGAACUUUGUUUGUAAUACAUUGUUUUUCAUUUGUAAAA